CCAACAUACGCUUUAUAUGCCUCCCCUCGCCAAAACCUCGGGUGAAAGAGAGUGGACAUCGAUCGGCCAUGGGGAACUGCCAGGCGUCGGAGUCGGCAGCGGCGGUGAUCCAGCACCCCGAUGGGAGGCUGGAGACGGCCUACUGGCCCCUCUCCGCCAGCCAGGUCAUGGCAUCAAACCCCGGCCACUACGUCGCCGUCAUCACCACCGUCACCCAUUCUAGCUCCUCCUCCUCCUCCUCCUCCACCAGCUCCUCCGACCGUCGUAGCAGCAGCCGUGGCAGCAGCGGCGGUGGCGGGAACUCGGUGAGGUACCUUAAACUACUCCGCCCAGAAGACACCCUCCUCGUCGGCCAUUUCUACCGCCUCGUCAGCUUCGAAGACGUUCUGAGAGAGUUCGGAUCCAAGAGGCGCGUGAGGCUGAGCAAGUUGCUGGCGAAGAAGAAGGGAGAGGUCAGAAAGCAGUGCGGCGAAGCGAAUUCUUCGCCUGUGGUGGCGUCCGAAGAGGGGGAGGCGCAGGAGGAGGUGGUGCGUACCUCUGGAAGUGAUAGCGAAAACAGCAACAGGGUGUCGAGGCAUGGACACUGGAGACCAACCUUGCAAACCAUCGCAGAGGCCGGAAGUUUCAAGUACUAGACUUGGUUCGUCCAGUUUUAGACUGGCAACCAUGACUCACGCUCGACCUCGAGUAAUAAGUCAUCGUUGGCCUGACAUCGAUCGCCAUUUGUAACUGAGCAGCGAAGAUCUGGAUUCGUUGUUUGUAGUCAUUUGGUUCUAAAAGAUACAGUCAACACGAAGAUUUGCGGUUCGCCAAAA